UGCCCACAGAUGUUUACAAAAGAGAACCACUACAUUCAAGAGCCACUUUUUGACUUCUCAGAAUCUGCUGUAUACAAUGUCAAAGAGAUCGAUAGCUGUCACCCUCUGGCUUUUUGCUGCAGUUGCAGUGCCAUUGCUGCAUGCAGUGGAGAGCAAGCCCUCAGCACUUGACAAACUGCUGGUAGAAACCAUUGAGACACUCCUUCAAGAGGAGGCUCAACAAGAGAUAGCUCAGGACGAAAACAAACAUGGAAGUAAUGAACAACAAGUGCUCGAAGAAAUUAUCAAUAGAAAUGUUCAAUCGAGUAGCCUUCGCAAAAGACCCAUCUACAAUGUUGCUCAUAUGGUUAACGGACAAUCUCAAAUCAAUGAUGAUUGGGUUAAUCCUGCCAAUGCAAUUGAGUCCGAUCUUGCUUUCAAUUCUGAUGGCAGCCCAAAGGAAUUUUACCAUGGCAUUCCCUGUGACUGCUUUCGCAGCUGUAUCAAAAAAGACAAUGUUGCAGCACAUUUUGCAGCUAUUAGAGAGAAAGCUGUUGAUCCAAACAAGAAUGUUGCCUUAUUUUGGAUCGAUUUGAAGUUAGCAGCAAGUGGAAUAACAGAUUUUAAAGGCAGUGGAGAAAAAUUGGCAAAAGUUAUUACACAAAGUAACUCUCUUUUCCCACUUGGCAAAGAUGUUCCGAUUCAUGUCUUGUUAGGAGCUGAGGCCAUUAAUCAGAACCAGUUCUUUGUAGGAUUUCUUAAUUACAUUAAAUCAAAUCGACCCGAAUUAUAUGAUAAGUUUGGUUUUGACUUCAGUGGUACUGAUACAACGGUUGAAGAAACUCUACAAGCAUUUAAGGAAAUUGGAAUUGAGAAAAAUAUUUGGGUUGGUGACGGCAUCAUUAACUGCAUACCACGAGGUACUAGCAGACUAGAGCGAAUUCUUGCAAAAAGAGACGAAUUGGGAUCAGAUAAUGCCACUUUUAAAGUUUACUCGUGGACUAUUGAUAACAAAGCCUCACUGAUAGAGCAUUUACAGCUUGGAGUGGACGCAAUCAUCACCAACAUACCUGCAAAACUAAAUAAUUUGAUACGAGAAGAAUUUCAUGACACGUUGACACUGGCAACUCAAGAAACGAGCCCUUGGGAGCAAAUUAAGUCAUCCGAAGCUAUUCAACCAUUUGCACAGAGCUGCGAUCGCUACUGGUUGUUCCAGUUUUAUUGCCGGAAAUAUACAAGCCGUGACAGCCAAUGUUGGUCAGACAAAAAGUGUAGCAGGCCUAGCGAUUGUCAUGGAGAGUUGAAGUGUUCAGAGGCUAAUUGAAUCAAAACAUGAGUGACAUUUAUUUAGACAUUCUGACUUUAGUAAUAGUUUGUAUAGAGAACUCAACUAAUUAGCUUCAGUUUUAGAAGAAUAUACUUGAAUGCAGUCAUGUAUAGCAUGUGCAUGCAUGUAUAUUUUACAGAUCGAAUAUAACCUUUC